AUGGUGUAUGGAUCUGAAGAACAUCAAAUUAUUCAUGAUGAUGAUGAUCUGUUUGGUUUCCUAACAACCGUUGAUAAAGACAACCGUAGAUCUCUUUUGUUAAUGGAGGAGACGAGUAGAGCAGAUCAGUUAAAGAAGGUGUCGAGAGUGGGCAUAAGUUCGUUUGGUAUGAACUACGAAGUGUUGCAGGGAAAUGAUGAUGUUUAUGAUGAAAUCGGACCUAAGGCCAUAACUCUGUAUGUAGAAAAUGGUCAAGCAGAUCAACAGAAGGAGCUGAUAGAUGCAGAGAAUGAUUUUAUGGAUACGGACCCCGCAGCUGGGACAUACACUGCAGAGGAGACAAACACUGCAGCGGAGACAGACACCGCAGCUGAAACGGACACAAAAGCUUCUGAAACGGACACAGCAGCUGAGACAGACACCGCAGCAGAGACGAACACCGCUGGUGAGACGGGUAUGGGUGCAAAUAAGUAUGUUGAGCAGCCACCUAUAAAAAAAUCUAGUCAGGUUAUAAAGGAUUGGGAAGACGGUUUGAGUCUGUUUAAGUAUCAGGAGUUUCUAAGUAAGAAAGCACUUCAAGAGGUGGUCGAUAGAGCUGCAUUUGGUGAAUGCUUUCGUUAUGUUAUCAAAAAGUCGGACCGGAGACGAUUGGUGUUAAAAUGUUGUGAAGCAACCUGUAAGUGGGGUUUACGAGCUGCAAGGAUUCCACAGACUGAAAUUUUUUCUGUUAGGAGGUACACGGGUGUGCAUACAUGCUCUCGGUCUAAUCAAAGUAAAAGCAGCAACAUCAAGAGGAAAGGCUCAGCAAAAUUAGUUGCAACUUUUCUGAAUGAGGAAUAUCCUGGAAAACUGAGCACUCCUGUUCCGAAAGAUAUCAUGGAUCUUAUAAAGUUAAAACUUGGUGUAACAAUAUCCUACUCCACAGCUUUGAGAGGGAAAAAUCUGGCUAUUUCUGAGUUGCGUGGUGGUUCGGAAGAGAGCUACAAGAUGCUAUAUAGCUACUUGUACAUGUUAGAGCAGGUCAAUCCGGGAACAAAAAUAGGGGUGAAGGUGGAUGAGGCAAAUAAGUUCAAGUGCCUCCAUAGCUCUGGGAGCUUGUAUUGA